AUGCCUGCUCCUUUCAAAAUUAUUAUCUUCCUAAUUGGCAGAAUAUUUUGGGUGCUGUUUAAGCUUGUUAAAAUCAUCCUCUAUCCCAUCAAGGAAUUACUGUCAUGGUCCUUAGGUGAUUGGUUUAAUAGACUUGAUGCUGAAAAUCACAUCAGGGAAGAUAUUUACAUCAUCCCAUAUUUUUUCAAAGCUGUCUUUCAAUAUAUUUGGUCGGUCAGGAAGCAUAGAUUUCAGUGCUGGUAUCAAUUUGAAGAACAAGUCAGAACUAAUGGCCAUCGUCCUUUGAUUUCAUACCCAAAACCACUGGCUGAGAAAGGUGAAUAUGAAUUACAAACUUAUAGCUACAAGGAAACCUACGAUAUUGUUUUGAGACUUUCUUAUGUCAUGAAAAACAGUUAUAAGGUUAACGCUGGUGACUACAUCGGCAUUGACUGUACCAACAAACCAUUAUUUAUGUUCCUAUGGUUGGCAAGUUGGAACCUGGGCGCUAUUCCUGCAUUCCUAAACUAUAACACCAUUGGUAGUCCUUUGGUUCACUCAUUAAAAAUUUCGAAUAUAAGUAAGGUUUUCAUAGAUCCUGAUGCUAGUAAACCUAUCAAACAAACUGAAGAAGAAAUUUUAAAUGCAAUCCCAGGUAUUCAGUUAAAUUAUCUACAGGAACAAGAACUAAUGGCCAUCUUGAACGAUGUGAAUUCUCCGCAAUUCUUACAAGAUCCUAUAAUAAGAUCUCCAGAAGGUCUAACAGACUUCAAGCCUGCUAUGUUGAUUUACACAUCCGGUACUACUGGUUUACCAAAAUCUGCAAUUAUGUCUUGGAGAAAAGCGCAUGUUGGCUGUCAAUUAUUUGGCCAUGUUUUACAUAUGGAUAACACAAGUACAGUUUUCACUGCAAUGCCUUUGUUCCACUCAACAGCAGCUUUAUUAGGUGCUUGUGCUAUUUUAUCCAAAGGUGGCUGUCUUGCAAUUUCCAACAAAUUUUCUGCUACAAACUUCUGGAAACAAGUUUAUCUAACUCAAGCAACUCAUGUCCAAUAUGUUGGUGAAAUCUGUAGAUAUUUAUUACACAGCCCUGAGAGUAAAUAUGAGCAUAUGCAUACUGCUAAGAUUGCGUAUGGUAACGGUUUAAGACCCGAUAUUUGGCAAGAUUUCAGGAAAAGAUUUAAUCUCGAAGUUAUUGGUGAAUUUUAUGCGGCAACCGAGGCCCCAUUUGCAACAACCACAUUUCAAAGAGGAGAUUUUGGGGUUGGCGCGUGCAGAAGUUAUGGUACAAUUAUCAACUGGUUCUUGCAAUAUCAGCAAACCCUUGUUAAGAUGGAUCCAAAUGAUGACUCCAUUAUUUAUAGAAAUUCAAAAGGCCUGUGUGAAGUGCCUGAUGUUGGAGAACCAGGUGAAAUGCUUAUGAGAAUCUUUUUUCCAAGAAAACCUGAGACUUCUUUCCAAGGCUAUCUAGGGAAUGAAAAAGCUACAAAAUCCAAGGUUUUACGAGAUGUUUUCAGAAAAGGCGAUGCUUGGUAUAGAUGCGGUGAUCUCCUAAAGGCAGACAAAUACGGUCAAUGGUAUUUCCUUGAUAGAAUGGGUGACACUUUUAGGUGGAAAUCUGAAAAUGUCUCUACUAUGGAAGUUGAAGAUCAACUAACUACUGCAAGCAAAAAUGAGAUAACGCAAGUUGUUGUUGUUGGUAUUAAAGUUCCAAAAUAUGAAGGUCGGGCUGGUUUUGCUGUACUAAAAUUGAAGAACCAUGAUUAUGAUUCCAGUGAGAAAAUAAAACUACUCAAUAACUGGUUAUCAACCUUGAAUAAGACCUUACCCAAGUAUGCACUACCAUUGUUUGUUAAAUUUGUAAGAGAGAUUAGAAUGACGGAUAAUCAUAAAAUCUCGAAGAAAGAUUAUAGGGAUCAAAAACUUCCACACGGUUUAGACGGAAAGGAUGAAAUUUUUUGGCUAAAAAAUUAUAAUGAAUACAAACUUCUAACAAAUGAGGAUUGGAAAGACAUUGAGAAUAAUGUUGCAAAACUUUAG